UGUUGAUCCUUUCGGGAGUUAAGGCGUUAUGAGUGAGGUCAUUGUAUAGUUGUUCAUAGUCACCAAUGAAAGAAAUUUAGAUCAUCUGAUAGAAGACAAUGAAUUGUUUUGUUCUGCAACCAAGUGACUGACACGUAAAAAAGUAUAGAAUGCAAAUUAUUGCGUGACAAAAAUAUCUGGUUUUCGGAGUGCUCUGGUUGCGCCCCUUGGCUUUCGGAGGUAGGUUUCUUGCUCGUUUCGACCUAGCGUGUGCCCGUCACCAAAGCCGCGUGGACUAACCAAACCAGAGUGAACUACCGAAGCCAUAGUGGAAAAAACAGGAUUGAUCUAGCAGCAUGACUGUGACCGCCACUACAAGCGGGGCGCCGCCCCAGGUUGUGGAGCAGCCUCAGAGUGAAGAACCGAGUGACAAUGACGAGGCCAGUCCCGUCGUUGCAGGUCAAGGAUUCGCCUACACGGAAGUUUUAUGACUAUGUAUCACCAGGUAGCUCACAGUCACAUAAACGUUCCAAGUAGCUGGUAUACUAUAGGAUGUUGAAAUGAAUAGCCGGAAGAAGAAUGCUCAAGUUCUUGCGCUGCUCCACUCGACCGAGCAAGGCUUUUUUUGGAAUUCACCGUUGCUGAAGCUAAUCACGUUUUUUUUUUAGGUGAGCAUCAUCAUUGACAUUGUUAAUCCACAUUACAUAAGAAGUUUAUUGCCAUAUCCUCUUUUCGAGCGGUGCGUUCUCCUCCUCGAAUUUGGCGAAGAAACUUUUUUGGGCACAAUUUCGUUAGGCCGCUCACUUCCGGGGGGGUGCGGCAAAGUGUGCUGGCAUUGACUAGUACAGCGAUAGGAGGUGGCCUGCUCACAUUGCCAUAUGCAAUGCGGCUCACAGGAAUGGGUCUCGGAUGCCUGCUCUUACUCGUUGGCGGACUUAUGAGCGCCUACAGCAUACAGGUACUAGCAGUUUCGUUGAUUUUUGUAGAUUUACGCCUGCUGAAGCAGGAGGCCCACUGCGGCUGGAUUGGCUUGCAGGGCGUGUGUUGUGGGUUUAGCGGCAGCCCUCAGUUUAGUGACUAACUGCUCUGCCCAUUAUUCGGUAAUUAUUUUUGCUACUAACUUCUAGGUAUUAAUGACGAAGACAGUCGAGACCGGCGCAAUGCAGUAUGGCGAGUUGGUCGGGAAGAAAAUGCGCGGCUGCGGCACCGCUUUCAACGUACUCCUGUCUGCUUAUGGUUUUGGUGUUCAGUUAUGGCAGCAUACCACGAAUGCAUCCUCGGCAGCGUGCUUCUGUAAGUAGCCAGUAGGAGAUGAGAUGCAACAUCAACUCAGGCAUUGCAUCUUUAAGCUAGGACAGAAGUGACAGGGCGGUGGGUGCAUCCAAGCCCAAGGAUGCUUACUCUACGGAAGGUGGAUUCAUUCAUGUGGUAGGUCUAAUUUAGGUGGCAUAUUUCAAUUUUGUCGGCGAUUUCCUUUCGUCCCUAGGCGAGGUACUGUUCCCAUCCGUGCCAUUGCUGCACAGUAGAGAGUUUAUCAUCUUCGCCAUUCUGCCGAUCGUCGUUCCACUCUCGGUGCCAAGAAGCCUCAGUUCGCUGAAGUACGUUUCCAUCGUCGGCGCGAUUGCACUGGCCUACACGUCCGCACUCAUUAUCGCGAGAGCGCCGGGAAAAGUGACGAAAGAUAUUAUUGGUAUUUCUACAAGAUAAGGUGGCCCACUGGUUUCUUGUUGAUAACCGUGCAUUUACUCCCGAUUACUUUGCUCAACUUCACACUUCAUACUCAACAGCCGAACUGAAGGUGUGCGUUAUUGACUGGAACUUUUUCAUCGCACUGGGAAACUUCGUCUUCGCAUACAACUGUCAUUUGAACGUGUGUCCGGUUGCCAGCGAACUGGAGGUCGCGACGGGGCCGCGGAUAAGUAAAGUGAGCUACACGGCCAUCUUUAUGCUGGAAGUUGUUUUUCCAUCCUCGUGAGACGAGAGCAUCGAUUUCGUCUCCGGCGUCUUUUCAUCGGGAUAUCUCUUGAUCCUGCUUUGCUUGCGUUGAUAAAGGUCAAUACACGGAACCGAAAUAGGGACCCGCCCUGCCAGAUGAAGACUAGUCCAGCCAACAGGAUGGAAAGAGCAACAUCUUUUUUCAUACCCAUUGUCCAAAUAUUUUUCUACAUGUGCAUUGCAGUGUCAGGAUACCUCAGUUUCGGCGAAGGUGCGAAAUCCGAUAUACUAGCGAACUACGCAGUUGACGAUCCCAGUGCGAUUAUUGCGAGAUUCGCACUAGCGGCUACGCUACUGGUAUUACAGUUCUCAAGCUUCAUUUUCGUUUCAUCAAUAUUCAUAUUGCUACGUACUGGGUCUUGGGCUUCGAUUUUUUCGUACACAAAAUAGACUAGAUCACGGCAAAGGAUGGGGUUCGCAAUGAUCACACAUGAAGUUCGCACUGAGACAUAGAAUAUGAUCAUCCCAGUUCGCAUUGCCGAUAAACCUGAAUCCGACGCUUCGAGCUUUCUUGGCCGUCGGCGACUCAUUGAGAAAAAAGGGCGCGCGCAGAUCUCAAGGUGAGAAUGGGCUCCUAGAGCGACCAAGGACUAAACUCCACGACAACUGGGUGGCAAGACUCCUUUCCGCAAUGCUAUGUAUUCGAAGUUUGUAGAUUUUGUUUAUGAUUUGAAUUUUGUGAUUCUGAUUUCGACGCUUUCGACGGACUACGAACUUGAAGAUGCAUCACUGGUAUGUACGUCAGGAUCUAUUCACAAUUACUUACUUGCAUGGACUAGUAUCAGUGACCAAUAAAAAUGUCCUGAUAUCUACCAGAUACAAUCGGCGCCGCAACAACCGCUUGUGCGGUGUCGGACCCGUCCGAAGUAAUAGGGCUCACAAGUGCUGCGAUUGGCACGCUGAUGAUGUUCAUCUUACCUGGAUUCUUUGCCGGUGAUUUUCGCCUUCCUGUGAUCGGGCUUUUCGUCCUAGGUUUCUUGAAUGGUUCGGGCGCUAUCGUUAUGAUUCUGCAGGCUUUCGGCGUACUGCCUAAAGCACCAGCAUGAUAAUACGAACUUACUUACUAGAAGAACAUCUGGCUCUGGAGGAUCUACGAUGUUGUAGAAGGUGCAGUUUUCCAGGAGGUCGAUGUUCCUGAAAGAACGUGCAGUGCGGGGAUGCUGCACAGAGGAAAAAACUUAUGUCGUCGAAAAAAUAGAUUGAAAUUUUUUGAGGAGAUGCGGGCGUCUUGAAAUAUCUUACGAAGGUAUGGCUCUUGCGCGAGCUGGGAAACGCUUUACGAUCCGACGACAACAUGUUGUCUUGACCCUAGGAAAUCGUCUCGGAUGACGAGAUAGUCAAUUUUCCAAUGUGCAACAAGGAUACGAUAAGGUUGCUUCUGACAGUUCCUGAUACAAGUGUCGCAUGACAUCCUGAACAUCA